AUGGAGGCUCCGCGGGGCUCGCUGGCGCUGCUGACCGACCUCUACCAGUUCACCAUGGCCUACGGCUACUGGCGGGCCGGGAGGCACCGGCAGCCGGCCGCCUUCGAGCUCUUCUUCCGCCGCUGCCCCUUCCAGGGCUCCUUCGCCCUGGGCGCCGGCCUGGGCGACUGCCUGGCCUUCCUGCGCGCCUUCCGAUUCAGCCCGGCAGAUAUUGAGUAUCUCAAGUCCGUCCUUCCUGCCACAACGGAGGACGCGUUCUUUGAAUACUUGGCCACGGUGGAUGCCUCUGAAGUCUCCAUCUCCUCCGCCCCGGAGGGCUCCGUGGUCUUCUGCAGGGUGCCCUUACUCCAGGUGAGAGGCCCCUUGUUGGUGGUCCAGCUGAUGGAGACCACCUUGCUGUGCCUGGUGAACUACGCCAGCCUGGUGGCUACCAACGCCGCCCGCUUCCGUCUCGCGGCCGGCCCGGACAAGAAGCUGAUGGAGAUGGGUCUGCGUCGGGCUCAAGGGCUGGACGGAGGCCUCUCGGCAUCCAAGUACUCCUACGUGGGCGGUUUUGAUUUCACCAGCAACGUCCUCGCCGGGAAACUCUACGGAAUUCCAGUCCAAGGAACGUUGGCUCAUUCCUACGUGUCUUCCUUCACCUCCGUGGAUGACGUAAACCUACGGAGUCUGCUGCCACUGACUGGGAAGGAACCCGUGGACUUUCCCACUUUAGUGGAUGAGUGGUUGACCCAAGUCUGCCAAUUACUCCGAGUCCCGCUGGAGAAGGUGAGCUGUGGAGAGCGGGCGGCCUUUAUGUCCUACGCCAUCGCCUACCCGCACAACUUCCAUGGGCUGGUGGACACCUACUGCGUCAUGAGGAGUGGCAUCCCCAACUUUUGUGCUGUCGCCCUGGCGUUGAACAAGCUAGGAUACCGAGCCAUCGGAGUCCGGCUGGACAGCGGAGACCUGGCCAAGCAGUCGGUGGAGAUCCGGCACAUCUUUCGCACCUGCAGCAAGCAUUUCCAGGUUCCAUGGUUUGAGACGAUACCCAUCACGGUAAGCAACGAUGUCAGCGAACAGAGCUUGGAAGAAUUAUCUCAAGAGGGCAAUGAAAUCAAUAUGAUUGGCGUUGGGACCCACCUGGUCACGUGUCCCCUUCAGACAACCUUAGGCUGCGUCUACAAGCUGGUGGAAGUCAACGGUUCUCCGAGGCUGAAAGUGACUGAAGACCCAGAGAAGACAACCUUGCCUGGACGGAAAGUGGUCUACAGACUUUGGGAUGAUGCAGGCUUCCCAUGCAUGGACCUCAUGGCCCUGGAAGAAGAGGCGGCCCCCGAGAUUGGCCAGGAGGUUGAGUUUAGGCCGCUGACCACCAGCGAGAAGGCUGGGAAGGUGGUCCCUGCUUCCGUGGAGAUCCUUCACCUCGUCUAUUUUAAAGACGGACAGAUUUGCCAGGCCCUCCCCAACGUCAGGGAGAUCAAGGCUCACGCUCAGAGGUCCUUGGAUAAGCUCAAUCCUGUCCACAAGAGGCUGCAGGAUCCGGAGGCCUACCAGGUGGCCGUCACGAAAAAACUCUACCUGCUCCUCCUCGACCUGCAGAAGGACAACAGCUCCUGA